GAACCUUUCUUCGGGACGCCUUGUUGCGGCCGGGACGCCGAUAACUGUGGGACCGAAGAUGGCGGCAUGCGGGAGCGAUGGUGAUGUUCUUUCAACAAGCAACAGAAAUGUGUCCGAGACUCCGCAGAAAGUGCGGCAACUAUUGUCCGACAGCAUCGCAGAGACCGAUCAGUCUAUUUCCAUCCUUGAAUCACCUGAUGACAGUGAUUUGCCAGGAUUGCCUGCUCCUUGUGAUUCUGCAAAUAAAGAAGCUUUCUACUCGCGGGUUGAAACUUUCACAUCAUUCAAGUGGGCUGGGAUGUCCCUUGAGCUCUCCCCUUUGCACUGUGCUAAGUACGGCUGGACCAAUAUUGAAUGCGAUGUGUUGAAGUGUUUCAGCUGUCAAGCUUUCCUGUGCGCGACUCUGCAUCCAUUACAGGACGUCAACAAGUAUAAAGAAAGGCUCGCUGGGCUGCAGGAUGAUUUGAAAGCAGCACACAAGAAGUUUUGCUUCUGGCCUGACAGUCCCUGUCCAGAUCGGUUCUGGACUUUACCUCUGAAUGAACCAGCAGCCCUCCUUCACGAGAUGGCGGAGCGGUUCAAGUGUCUGUGCGUCUUGGACACACAGUUACCGGUCCUCAAACAAGAUGACCUCGGAGUGAUGAUUUUCCGAGUCAAGGAUUUAAAGGGAUUGAGAAAGGAUAUGAAAGAGCUGAUCCGAGUUCCCACAGUUCUAAAGAUGGCCAACAAAGAACAGACCAUCAAGGAAGAAACCAUCAGCCUCCUGUUGCAGUUGGUAGAAGACGAAUUAAAGUCUGACACUAAAGAUGACAGUCCUGUGCUCAAGAGCAGUGGUGAUCUGCUCCCUGCCCAUGUUUCGGCCUGUGUCCUUGCUCUGUCCGGCUGGACUGCUGGAACUUCCUCGGAUUUCCAUCAUCUGCCAGUCAUCACCUGCUCGUAUUGCAUGAGGAAGGUGGGCCUGUGGAGCUUUCAGCAGAUUGACACCAUUUGCUCAGCUAGUGAUCCUGACGGUCCCGUGUAUGGUACCUCGCCACAGGAGAACAGAUCAGAAACAUCAAUGCCAACUCCCUCUGCCAUGUCUCCCCGUAGGAUGAUUACACGAAGCCAGGACGCUGCCCAGAUACAGACUGGUGAACAGCACGAAAUCACCCCUAUGCCUAUUGGGGCUCGGACACGGAGUCGAGAUGCCCACAGUCCCACUUUGGUCGAUCGAAGUGAACCAGAAAACACCAGUCCGCUCCAGCGGAUCAAGCGGCCUGUGACUCGAAGCAUGGGCCAGGGUGAUGUCCCUUCCAGCCCACAGAGGAAGCCAAAGCGUCUGCGUCUGUCUUCAUCCACCAGCUCCGAUAGUGUCCGGGGAUACUUCAACCCUGUUUCCCAGCACAGGGAAUGGUGUCCUUGGAUUCGAAGAGAACUGAAACCAGAAGAUCAGCUGCACAGCUCUGAGCCAGAGAAGCAGUACUUGACCUCUGGGUCACGUGAGAAGACAGAGCCCAGCUGGAUUACGGUACUUGAGGUUCUGUUGUCCCUGACAGGAUCCAGCAGCCCAAACGAGGGCAUGGAUAGCUUUACUCUUUCAGAGAAAUCGAGAAAGGUGUUCCGAAUAUUCCGACAGUGGCAAGUCUCAUGUUCCCUCUAGUGGGAGUUAUCCUGUAAAGAUGUUGGAGGUGCAGAAUACUUAACAGAAAAGGAGAGAAAGAAAUGUCCAACCUCUGCCUGGCUUUGCCCUCCUUCUACAUCCAAUGGAUUGGGUGAUGGUAGUUUUCAAUACUUACUGCCAGGAUGGACUUCAUACCUCUUUGAACCAACUGACAGAUUAAAAUGAAUUGGAAGUUUCUUACAGACCCGUAAAUGUCUUUUUUUUUAAUAAAACAAAACUUGCAGGAAAGAAUGGAAGUAUAUUUGGUGUAUAUUUAAUAUGUGCUUUACUGAGAAGAGGGGCCUGAUUCAUGUCAGCUUCAGUGGUAAACAUUUUCUUCUGGUUUUGCAUACAUUAAAACAUCAUAACAUUUUGUGCCAAGUAUAAAUAAAGACUGCCUGCUUUAAUCUUGUUU